GCAGCGAAUAAUCCUUCUAUUUAUAGCUAAUCGCAACAUCUCCCCUCCGUCGGGUUCGUCUCACCUUUCUCCCCCUCGCCCCCUAUCUCUCUCCUCUCUCCUCGAUUUGCCAUCUCAGUCUUCCAAUCUUCCAAAACAAGCCCGCAGGAAUAAGCGAGAGAAGUGAGCGAGCCAGCCAGCAUCGUUUCUUGCUUGAUCGGUCGUAUUGUCCGAUUCGAUCGGUUCUCGAUUAGGUUGUUGUUGGUGUUUGUUUGAGUGAAGGGAAAUAAAAUGGCCGCGGUGGCCGAGAAGGCGAUCGGGUCGGACGAUCCGUUCAUCCACCGCCAGUCGCCGGCGGAGGCGGAGGCAGAGAGGGAGUACCGGAGGGACGUGAAGAAUCUGGUGGACUUGCUCUCCAAAUUGAACCCGUCCGCCGAGGAGUUCUUCCCUUCCUCUCAUGCUGCCUCCGGUGACGCCGCCGGUGGUCACCGCAAAUUUGACGGCCGGCUCUCGGCCGAUGCGCCCAUCUUCGUAUCGUGGAAUGACUUUUAUUACAAUAGUGAACCGAUCAAUAACAAUGGUGGCACUAAGGAAUCGAGCGGAGAUGGAUCAUCGAAUGAUCAGCCUAAUCGCAGAAGAAGAAAUGGUUAUAACGAGGGGAAGAGGAGGACGAAUAAUAGACCUCGGGGAGCUGAGAGGGAGGAUAGCAUCAGGCGAACUGUAUAUGUUUCUGACAUUGAUCAGCUUGUAACUGAAGAAAAUCUUGCCGAACUAUUUUCUAGUUGUGGACCAGUGGUUGAUUGCCGAAUUUGUGGUGACCCCCAUUCAGUUCUACGAUUUGCAUUCAUUGAGUUCUCAGAUGAGGAUGGUGCAAGGGCAGCACUGAAUCUUGGUGGGACGAUGUUAGGUUAUUAUCCUGUCAGAGUAUUACCUUCAAAGACUGCAAUUCUUCCAGUGAAUCCAAAAUUUCUUCCUAAGUCCGAGGAUGAAAAGCAAAUGGUUGUAAGGACAGUUUAUUGUACAAACAUCGAUAAGAAGGUCACUCAAAUGGAUAUUAAAAUUUUCUUUGAACAAUUUUGUGGUGAGGUUUCUCGUUUGAGACUACUUGGUGAUAAUGUACACUCGAUGUGUAUUGCAUUUGUUGAGUUUGUUCAGGCAGAAAGUGCAAUCAUGGCUCUGAAUUGUAGCGGCACAAUUUUAGGAGAUCUACCCAUCAGGGUGAGUCCUUCAAAGACACCGGUGAGGCCACGUGUACCACGAGCUGCUUCAGACGGAUUUGGGUUUAGUAACAACUGAACAUACUGGCAUUCCAUCUAAUGAUAUUUCAUUUCGAGGUUAUACUGCAUUGGCACAGCUAAGAGCAUCUAUUCAUCUCAUCAGCAGGCUUUAAUGCUCGAACCUAGAACAUAAAAUUUAUAUGUUUUCCUUUGGCCGAGAAGGGUCAAAGAACCUUGAUGACCGAUCUUAGUUAUCCGUUAGGACAUAAUUUUAACUGAAAUGAUUUAGAUACCUAUGCAGUUACAUUGUGUUUUAGUAACAAUUGACAUUUGGCUGAUCUCUAGCCUCUGCUUAGAUUCAAGUCCUGCUGAAUUCUGGA